AUGCACGACCCAGAGGCAGACGAAGAUCUGGAUAAUGAUCCAGAUAAAUCAAAUGCCGAAUUAGUCUAUAUUGCGAUGAGCACCCACGGAAAUGCGGAUGCGAACGAGCCAAAGACGCUCAGUGAUGCCAAGAGAUCACUCGAGUGGCCCAAAUGGGAACAGGCAGUCCAGACGGAACUCAAUCAACUACAGGGUAUGGAGACUUGGGAGUUAGUGGAACCUCCCGAGGAUCGAAAACCCGUAGGAAAUAAAUGGGUUCUAGUUAAGAAAACAAACAAAGAGGGUGAAAUAAUCAAAUACAAAGCCCGCCUGGUUGCGAAGGGAUAUUCUCAAAUCCCAGGCAUGGACUAUACUGAGACGUUCGCGCCCGUAGUCCGCCUCGAAACCAUUCGAGCUAUCCUCGGGCUAGCCGCAAUCUUAGAUUGGGAGAUCGGACAGAUGGACGUGAAAGGCGCCUAUCUUAAUGGAACUCUCAAAGAAGAAGUGUAUAUGCGGCAACCCGAAGGAUACAGCGAUGGAACAUACCGCGUAUGUAAAUUAAAGAAAACCCUCUAUGGGCUAAAGCAGUCUGGCCGAGAAUGGAAUAUCGUGCUGAACCGCAAGUUACUAGACGCGAGAUUCAAGCGCCUAUUCUCGGAUCCAUGUGCGUACAUUCGGAUCAAAGGUGAUAAGAUAGAAAUCGUCACCGUUUGGGUAGACGACCUAUUAAUAUUCACCAAUGAUUGCGCACUGAUGGACCAAUUGAAGAGGGAACUCCGAAAUAUGUUCGAAGUUACCGACCUUGGCGAACCCCGAAAAAUUGUGGGGAUAGAAAUUGAGAGAGACCGUUCAAAGCGGACAAUCAAAAUCUCUCAGACAAAAUAUAUUGAGUCUAUCCUACACAAGAAUGGGCUUACGAACGCCAACACGGUCGGGAUGCCUCUUGAUCCAAAUACAGUGCUUGAAAAAGAAGAACCCGAAACUGAUGAUGAAUGUGACCGAGACAACGGAUAUGCAUCGCUCGUCGGAUCACUGAUGUACGCGGCAAUUGCCACGAGACCAGACAUUGCUCACGCCGUGCAACGGCUUAGCUCAUUUACUGCCAAUCCCGGAAUGGCUCAUUGGACUGCUGCUAAACGCGUCCUCUGCUAUCUAUCCGGAACGCGAGAACUUGGAAUAAUCUACGGGCCAAUUGCAGAUGUCAAGCCCGAAGAUCAAUCCAUAUUUGUGGGCUACUCAGAUGCAGACUAUGUGAACGAUAUCCGAGAUCGCAAAUCAAUCUCGGGAUAUUUAUUUAAAUUAGGAAAUGGCACGAUCACGUGGAGCUCAAAGAAGCAAACCACGGUCGCGUCAUCCACCACGGAAGCCGAAUACAUGGCAUCCGCUGAAGCGGCAAAAGAAGCUGUAUGGCUCCGAACACUAUUCAAAGAAAUAGGUUUCGAGCAACAAGAUCCUACAAUUUUAUUCGAGGAUAAUACAGUGGCGAUCUCAAUCGCACGUGAUCCCCAAUUUCACGCGAAAUCAAAACAUUUUGAUGUAAAGCAUCAUUAUGUGCGCGAAAAAUUGAGGGAUAAAUAUAUUGAUAUCCACUACUGUCCCACGGAGGACAUGAUAGCGGAUAUCCUAACAAAGUCACUCCCUAAGCCGAGGCACGAGAAGCUCACAAAGAAGCUCGGAAUGCCCAUCGGCUUGAGGGGGAGUGUUGGAAAGUAG